GACAUGUUCAAAAAUGCAAAAUCGAUCGUGUUCUUAUUGGACUACUGGCACAAUUCAAUGCUUCGACAUUAUUACAAGCAGGACUACGUCCUAAUUCACAAAAUGCAUAUUUAGCAUUAUGUGGUCGUAAUGCUGGCAGUGAUUUACGCCCAGUAAAACCUACACGUAAUGUAGAAGAUUAUAAAGGUGAAGAACAAUUACUUUCACCAUGGGAACGUCCAUUGCCAAAUGAAAAACGUAAUCCUAAAACAAUACCUAAUCGUAAAUUUGAAUGGGAAGAAGAAAGGCGACAAAUGGCACCGUAUGUAAAUGCAAUCUGUUGUGUAGAUUUUGAUCCGCCAUUUUUUACUAUUGAAAUUCAAGUUGCCCAUGAAACAUUGAAAUUUUUUAUCGAUCUGGUUGCAAAUCUUGGUCCAAAAUUACGUACAGCUACAUUGCUAUCCAAAGUUAGACGAGUUAGACAUGGACCAAUCACAGCGAAGAAUUCACUACUCAUGAAACAUUUACAUAAUAUACCUGUAGAAUUUUAUCAUGAAUUUGUUCAAUGUAUCAAUGAUCUUUUAAUACAAUAUGAAAAUCCUCAUAUUGAUCCAUUAGAUAUAAGUUUUGAAGAAGAUUACGAUUUGUUAAAACUUUUAAUUAAUCGUACACAAGGUAAAUAUGGUUAUCAUGUAUUUGAGAAUUUGUUUCAAUGUAAUCAAUUAUAUUCAAUUGGUAUUGAACGUACUGAAAAGAAUAAAUGUUACAUGGUUCCAAUAAAUACUUGAUUAUUAUUAUUGUAAUUGGACAAUGAUGAUUUGU